ACAGCUCUAUACACUCUUUGUAUUUGUGAUUCUUUCCUUAUUUCAAUGGUUGUAGUCUACCAUUCAUUAGAAGCUUGUUCAAUUCUAUUAUUGGGCACUAAUGUUAUGUGGGACGAACAAAGUAGUGUUCUCAUAACUCAUGGCAUUGUUAGUGCAGCGACUACUUCUUCUACUUUACUCGUUGUCUUCAUAACCUUCCGUCGUUUUUUGGUUGUCUGGUGGCCUUUAAAAUAUGCCAGAAUACGCGAACCUAAAAGAAACGAUCAACUUCAAAAAUCUUUUUCUUCAAUGGAAGAAGCUUGCACAGAAAAUAGUGGAAUAUUUAAAAGUGGGGGUCUAGCAAGGAGUUUCUCCAAAAGAUUUUUGUCUACAUCGACAACUUACAAAAAACCGAAUAUUCGAAAAAUUCUGCAUCCAUUUAUUUUUCCAAGUAAUUUGCUUUAA